AUGAAACACCAUUGUGUUGUUUUUCAAGGAUUUGAGCUAAUUGGUCACAUCACCAAGACAUUAUAUGCUGACGAAAUAAGCUGUGGAUUGAGAUGCCUUCAAGAUGAAAAAUGCCAAUCUUACAACAGCAAAUCCCACGUUAAUGAUGCAAAGAAGGAAUGUCAACUGAGUAAUCAAACCAAAAAAUCAAGUCCGGAAAACCUGAGGCGUAACCCCCGUUCUACUUAUUAUCAUAGAAGAGGUACUGUUGAGUAAGGUGCUUAAUAUUAUGGAAAAGUUAGUGGGAGGUGGGAGGGGGGAGGGGGGGGGGUAUGAAGGGUCGGAGUAGUUUGGUUGUCACAAUAAAGUUUUCCUGAUCCUUCCAUAACGUUCCGAACUAUUCUAUCGAUCUUCCUCAUUGGCAGUCAAUUUUCUUUAGUCCCACCUUUAAACUCUGUUAGCGACGACUGAUCCCUUCUCCAUUCCCUUUGAAAACAAUGAUAUUUCCUCCUAAGACCCUGCCACCCCUCCAACCCCCUCUUUCCAAGUCAAAAAUGGUGACCUAUUUCUUACUUCUGAUUAGCGCUUUUCAGAGCUCUGUCAUGUCACGUGUACAUCCAUGUAUAACCUUUCCCGAGAGAAUAUGAAGUUAAAAAUCUCUUGCUUUUCCUUAUAAUGAUAGGUUAUCCAUUUUCUUAAUUUAAAUUUCCAAAAUCAAGAGCUAUCUAAUAAUUACGCGAAAGGAACUACUUAUGGAAUAAGACCUCUGUGGCGCGUUUUGUUUCUUAGUUUGAUCCUCUCCUCGUUUCAAAUGAUUAUUCUUCCCUUUUCCUAUGCAGGUAAACGAGGUUGGGAUUCUGCUCAUCCGGCCCUCUCCUGUAAGGAAAUUCUGGACUCUGGACACUCCAAAGGAGACGGGGAGUAUUGGAUCGACCCAGAGAAGAGUGGAAACCCUUUGAAGGUCUAUUGCGACAUGUCAAGAUCUGGUGGUAAGAGAAUGAAUUGUUUUUUUGAGACAUGAGGACCUCAACAGGAGUAUAUCUGACUUGGUAGAGUUGUUAUUGGAACGUUCUGCUCUUGGCUAUUCUUGCUUUCUCAACAAAGAUCCUUCUUAUGUUUUGAAUCAAAAGUAUAGCAGAAUUCUCAAAAAUGAUUGGUUAUCAUCAGCCGGCCGCUUUGUGCACUAAUAGGACAGUGUACGUGUCAUAUUUGUAAUUGAACAGUGUAGUAGGACCGUUAAAGGGAUAGUUAUCGCGUCAUGCCUGUGUGAGUGGACAGAACGCGUCAUGUGCGAGCUGUUGUCUCGCAUUUCGCCGAGUAAACUGUUGUUUUUCGUUUUUAUGAAAACGUAUAACCGAUGUCCAGUAUCUUUCUCAAUUUUUGUCAUAGUUUUGAAUAAUUGGUAACAGGCCUUCUUGUCGUCUAAUUCUGUCUGUAAUGAUACGAGUGAUUAACAAAUCGGACUCCCGCUUUGCGGUCGUACGAUUCUGUAAAGCACUCGUAUGAUUACAGACCGAAUUGGACUCCACUCGGUCCUGUUACCAUUUAAUAUGUCCAAAAUUCUAGUUUCAUGGAUGUCACCAGAUGAUUUAGGUUUGUUUUAUUUUAGGAGGUUGGCUUCUGGUGUCAAAUGUUGAGUUCGGAAGUCCCUCUCCUAAGGUGUCAGUUGAGACAUCAUACCGUGGAAUAGGUAAGUCACACAUGGUUCUGCAGAAAAGUGCCAUGAAAGAGCUCAGAAGACACUUGUCCUUCACUCAGCUGAGAUUCCACUGCCGCAAGAAACAGGGACGCACAUUCCACGUGGUCACAGCUUCCAACAGCUCAGGUGAAGCUGUGGUCCAGUACUUCAGCGGUCAGACAGAUGAGCAACCGGACGCCUGUGGUUCGUUUGUGAGAUUGGCGCGGGAUGACAAUUCCAAGUUAGCUGGCAUUUGCAAAGAUUGGGGUCAACCAGUAAGUGGAAAGUGGGGAAUUGGUAAGGAUGAAGAAAGGCUAUACUGGUUUCCCGUCGUAAGAAAUUCAAAGUAUCACCUUAGGGUCCAACUGCAUAACGUUGACGACCUCAAAAAAAUGGAAUGUGAUGAUCGCUCCGGUCACCAUGUUGACACAAACGGCGAUUUCUGGAGAGUCUUUGUUCGUUAGUUGCGUCUAUAUGUACACCAAGCAACCCUUGACUGUGCCAAUAACAGCAACAAACGAAUAAAGCAAAAUAAAGACAAAUGCAUCGUUACACUCAUCAGUUUAUAAGUAUUUUUUUCUUUCCAUUUCGGGGCAAGGGAAAGCAAUCCUCAUUGUUUCCCGUGGGGCCAGUCAUUUUAAUUUUAAUUUUUGAAAAUAUUUUCUGAUACAUCCCAAACCGAAUAUGACUGCCGUAAAUCACUUUUUGUUCGUAGGCUGGCACACACAUUUGCCGUGGUUUCACGGUGAACAACCUUAUCGCGCGAGAGUCGAAAGUUAAAGUUAUUGUCUCCUCGGGGGCUUAGAGAAUUUUGUUCACCCUAGAAAGUAAGAGUAUUUUUAUUCACGGCGCGUGAAAUAUUUAACCAUCCAAUCAAAAAACCUAUUUGAGUUGAGAGGUACAUAACGAUUAAAUUUUCACAACUGCUUCCUUCUAAAUAAAAGGUUGAACUAGUGACCACGUCAACCUCAAUGUUAAGUUGAAAGACUCUAAACAUGAUUGGCUAGUUGAUCGGAUCGCGAGCGUCGCGCGUGAAUACUAAAAAUUCCAGAGCAAGAGGAAAGAACACUUUACAGUUCGAAAAAAGUUCACUACUGACACAAGAAAAUUUCAACGACCUGUUUGAUAUGCUGGGAAGCCAUUGAGAAAAACCAUGCUUAGCACAAGAGGACGAGGCUAGCUGGGAAAUCUCCCGGACAAUAAAAAAGUAAUCAUACAGAUUUUGACCUUCAACCCCUCGGGGAUUGGGGAGGGUUUUGUUUUCCACUUUUAGACAUGACACGAGUUUUUAUACUGUAACCAGUCACAAUCGAAGAAAUUUAAAUUUUCAAUGAUUGAGAGGUUUAUAUCAAACAUAAUAACCGGGCAUUAUAUAUGUACAUUUUUUUAUGUACAUUUUUUUCAGAGCUUCAUAUAUAUAUAUAUAUCACAAGAAAACUAUGACGACAUUUGGGAAAAAAACUAGACUUCUUAAGAGUAUUAGUCAUUAGCCCUUUACACCCAAACAUCAGUCUGCAAGUUCUCCAUACUUUUCUCCAUACGUUUCCUAAUGUGCUGACAAGGAGAAUUUAUUUAACAAUCAAGAGCUUGUUUGAUUGAUGAUCAUUUCCUUUAUUCUCAUGACUUUAAUGUGUGAUUCAGGGGUGAUAUUGUAAGGAGAAACUAGAUGCUAAUCACUCUUUGGGGUCAGAGUUAAAAUUUGCUUUAACUUAAAAAAAAGUGAUGUGAUUUGGGGAAUAAAGACUCGUAAUCAGGAAAGAUCAUAGGAGUAAGAUGGCUUUCAGUUUUAUGAAAUGGAUAUUUUUUUAUUCUAGACUCUCUUAUAUUGCUGCUUUUAUGUUCUUUAACCCUUUAACUCCCAUGAGUGACCAAGACAGAAUUUCUCUUUACACUAUCAAUACAAUAUUAACCAGAUAAGUGGUGAGAAUAAAGAAAAAUUUCAAUUUGGGGAUAAUUAGUUGAUCCAAUAUUAAAUUCUUUAAACUAAAAUUAUACGAAUUGUAUGGUUGACAAUAAGUACAAUUACAACUCUGUCAAGUUUAAGUUUAAGUUUGUGCUUAAAGUUGCAACUAACUCGAAGAUUUCUUUCAUUUUUUAGGUGCCGGUGGUACACAGCGACUUCAAAGAGCUGUUGGGAAGUCUCUGGCUAUGGAAAUGAUACUAACAGGUGAUCCUAUUUCAGCAGAAGAUGCACAGAAAUCAGGUCCAUGUUCCUUUCAACUUAGCUCCUAUUUUUGACCAGUUGUUCAUCAUAACCUCUUUACCUUACAAAAUCGAUCAACAUGCAACUUCUCCCUGUAAUAAACAUACAUCAUCCAGCAAACGGGUAAUGAGAAUAUUUUAACUUAUCAGUUCAAAGUUGUUAUUGAUCUAACGUCAAAUUCUCGUAACUAAUUAAAAAGGAAAUGUGUAGCAGCUAGAGGAGAGAAUUAACAAUCAGAUCUUAGGGGGUUAAAAGAUCAAGGAGGGAGGUACUUAGCAUCGUGAGCCUUCCCGGUGGCACAAGGAAAUUCUCACACAAAUUAUUGAGAAAUGUGUACAGUACUUCCACAUCAUCAAGGACUGCAACGGAGACACACUGUUUUGUGCUAAACACUUGUGUAAGCCUGCAAAAUUUGAGUUAAAAGCGUAGAUUUUUCCCUUCUGUUUGUUAGCAUUUCCGCGAAGGAACCGUUCACUUCCGAAGAUGUCUGCACACUUCCGAAGACGUUUUUUAGAGUUUACGUAAACUUGUAUGUCUUCAGUACUCUUCUCUCUUAUUAAAAGCUCUCGGCAAAAGUUAUUUGCGCCAACCUUUCUCUUCGUUUUGAUUCAAGUACAUUUGCUCUAUAUACUUUUUUCAAAAAGUCGCAGUUAAGGCCGCGUUACCUCAAGUUGUUCAGUUAGGUUUAAGGGUUAAUAAAAGUAUGAACUUGGGGCAUGCACUCCUGUGAUAAAACUGCAUAAACUUCUGAGAAUUAUUGGCGUCGGCUUUGUCAGGUGGGGCAUUGCGCACUCAUUCUCGAGAUUUUUCUUCACUUAGAUCUAAAUUCAAAUUGCAGACUUAAAAACUUUCAUUUUUUCAUAGGCCUGGUUAGUAAAGUCUUCCCCGCAGAAGAGCUCGUAGAUGAAGCUAUCAAGACAGCUGCAAAAAUAUCAUCCUUGUCGAAGAUUGCCGUACAGAUCGCCAAAGAAGCUGUCAACACAGGUAUUGCCCUGGCAGUUGUAACCGUCCGAUUGACUGUUUCCUGUCAUGAGUUAUACCUCGAUUAUUCGAAAGAUUUUAUGUCAACUGAAGUCGGUGUUGAUCUUGUCCAUCGCUUGACGUUUCUUGUUGGCUUACCAGUCAACUUCAAAACAGUUACCUAUCCUAUUUGACUGUUCUACUGCGAAACUAACUUUUUUCUAGUUACCGAAAUAGCCCAAAACAUUAUGACAUACUUCCAUUCACAAGAGUAAAAUUGAUUGUUUCUAAGCCAUCAUCUUAAUUUAAGCAAACUGAGAAAAUAAGGUAGAUUUUUGCACAAGCAGAGAAGAACUUGAUCUCGGGUAGGGUUUUGUUGCCUCGGGAUAUAAAUCAUCAUGACUGACCUGCUUGAGUCCAAAAGUUUAACAGUUUACAAGAAAUGCAUGCAAGAACAAUUUAUGGUCGUUGCAUUCCCUUGGAAAGUUCCGUAGAUGGUUGAAUUUCCCAAAUGUGUUUUUGUUUAGGCUACGAGAUGUCACUGGCAGAAGGACUGCAUUUUGAGAAAAGAAUGUUUCACUCAACAUUUUCAACAGUAAGUUAAUAUUGAUCGGCUUUUACACUUGAAAGAAGACGCCAAUUGCAAUACAAAGUGGUAAAGCCACUUAACCAUUUCCCGAAAACAUAUCACCUACUCUCUCUGAUCUAGAGCAACCCACUGAAUAAUUCACGUCUUCUGCGCAACCGAAGAAAGUUUGGAUUAAAAUAUUAAAAUGUUCUUAUGUUCCCGCUAAAAGCGUAGCUCCAUCUUUCUGCAUGUAAACUAGACACAACCCACAAUUCCUCUAUUCGCUCUGACGAAAGGCUAACCCUAGGAACGUCAGCUUUAGAAACUCUCUAUGGUGGCCAUUUUUGCAUUAUCAACGCUUUUGAUGUAAAUAAUAUUUGUGAUACCCCACCCGCCGCAACACUACAGUUUCUCUAGAAACUUACCCCGUUCGAUUGUUACCAUGGUGAUGAAUAACAGUGUAAUGAAUUUGUAAGGACUUGCGAUGAAACUUUCCCGAAGGAAAAAUUUCUCCUUUUCUUUAAUUUCGCAGGACGAUCGAAAGGAAGGGAUGACAGCUUUUGUCGAAAAACGAAAAGCCGAAUUUAUGGACAAUUAGUAUCUGUUAUUUUUCGAAAAGUCGUAGCUUGCGAGAACUUUGGAUUGUUUUGUGGGAGUGUUAGGGCAGGUGAAAGAAUGAUGAAAGCUUAUAUAAAAUUGUGUGAAGGGCAAUGAAAACACUCAGCAUGAAUUUUCACCAAAAAAAAACUUAACUGGCGAAAUUGAUAAAAAAAUAAAAUAAAUAAAGUAAAGUCAUAGUCAUUUUUCGUUCGUGCGCUCAUCUGUUGAACAGAUACCCUGGGGUAUACAUUUGGACGGGGGCGAGUAUAGAUUUAAGUUCUGCACAGUUCGAUAUGUUAAUUAAGACUCGAGUCACGAAAACUAAAUGACGCCCAAGAUGACGGCUCUUCAGUAAACUUUCUGGAAAAUUAAUCCAAGACAAACCAAGUUUUCGACUUAUUUCCUCUCUGUUCACUUUCCUUUCGUUUUGAAUCAAAUUCCUGGAAGAAAUGGAUUUUAUUUGCUGUAAGGCACCUUGUUUAAAUUGCCUUAAGGGUCAAUGUCUAUAUGAUAAUUUUUUUUUUUUUUUCGGUCCCGGAGGUUUCCCAGCUAGCCUCGACCUUUUGUGCAAGGCAUGAUUUUCAUGGUUUUCGUGAAUUUUUUUGCGAAGUGCAAACUAAGCGUACUAUUCCACUUUCCCUGGAAUGUUUGUAUUCACGCUUGACGCACGUGAUUCGACCAACUAGCCAAUCAUGUUUAGAUCCUUGAACUUAACGUUGAGGUUGACGUGGUCAAUUUCCUUAGCACCGAUUCAACCUUUAAUUAAGAUAGCAGUUGUAAAAAUUUAAUCGUUAACUCAAAGGGGUUUCUGAUUGGAGGAGAACAAGUCGCUGUGAAUCAAAAUACACCAACUUUCUAGGGUGAACAAAAAGCCCCUUGGUAAACAACAACUUGAACUUUCGACUCUCACGGGAUAAGGUAGUGCACCGUGAAACUGCAGCAAAUGUGAGUGCCAGCCUGUGUAAAAAAAUAAUAUUUUAGCAGUCAUUUUCGAGUUGGGAGGUAUGACAAAACACUUUUAAAAAUUAAAAUCAAAGUGACUGGCCCCACGGGAAACAGUGAGAAUUGCUUUCCUUUGACCCGCAAUGAAAACAAAACUCAUUGUUUCCCCUACAGUCAGUUAGUCGCUUAAUUUAUCAACAUUGCCAGGUGUCUGUAUUAGAAUUGUCUGGAAGCGAGAGUAAACAAUAUUAGCAGGGUAUUAGCUAGAGUGCAAAAUAUGAGAAAAUAAUUGGAGCAUCGAAAGAAAUAUGUUUCUUAGCAUAUUGGCUUCGGUUAUCAGAUUUAACUAACACGGGUGCAAAACAGGAACACACAAAAACAUGUAUGGUACAACAGAUAUACCAACACAUUAUGAGUCAUAAAUGUACGAGUUAGAACGUGAGAAGGAAUCCUGUCACUUUCAUCACUGAAGAAAACUUUUAACCUUGAAAUUACAUCCUGUGGUUCUUUCAGUUUUCAUUAGGCGAAUUUAGCUUUGUUUGAUGGGAAAAAGUUGCUCUGUAUCCUGAAUGCGACUAAUUGAGAAAAGAAAUCCGGAUAAUAAAAACAAUCCGAGUAAUCUAGGUUUGUUUCUAAUUAAAUGCCCCCACGCUUUACUCAAAAGUAAAGAAACGCUAACCCCAAGUCGUGAUCAGUACUUUGUGCAAAGUUGACUGAUGCAUAAUUUAUGUAUGGGUUCUUAAGCUGUUUCUAUUUUUUUCUUUUAAUCAUUGUCUCAAGUUUCAUUAAAAUUGUAUAAAAAGUUGAUAAAAGAGUUUUUCGAUACAAAAAUACGAGAGGAGUGGAAGGAAACUGAAGGUAAGAAUAUACUGGUUUCAAGAAGAUUGCUCUCUAACUUUAAUAACAACAUAAAUCUUGAAUAGUCAGCCACUUGGAUAAAUACGUUUGAGUGAGAAGUAUAUAUACAAAAGACCCUUACUACCGCAUAAACGUAAGAAGAAAAGUAAGAAACGGAAGGUGAGUGUGAGUGAGAAACUCGACGUAUUUACUUACUAUCGGGUGAGUAACUUGUGCAAGGAGUAACCAAGUCAUUCAAUUUGGAGAAAAUUGGUUAAUUUAAACUUCAGAAGAAGACUGCUCUCUAACUUUGAUAACAACAUAAAUCUUGAAUAGUCAGCCACUUCGACAAAUACGUUUGAGUGAGAAGUAUAUAUACAAAAGACCUUUACUACUGCAUAAACGUGAGAAGAAAAGUCGAGGAAAAGUAAGAAAAGGAAGGUGAGUGUGAGUGAGAAACUCGAUGUAUUUACUUACUAUCGGGUGAGUAACUUGUGCAAGCCAGGGGACAAGAAUUAAUCCUUAACAGGAAAGAUUCUUUUGUAUGACUUGGAAGUUUAAAAUAGCGCUCGUAUUCUUUCGCUGACUCAGGCAAAGUGUAAUUAGCAAAACCCUAAAUUCACAAUCAAAACUAUUUGUUGUAUCUAAGAAGGGAGAAGGGCAUCAUUUGUCAUCUGUUUUUCUUUCUUUCUCAAAUUACAGGAUGACUGGACAUCUAGUUGGUUUCCAUUUCUGUCCCGUUCUGUUGAGUGGUGUUGCUUUGUUUCUUGUGGCUUUCAGUUCGUCUUUACACACUGGUUUGAGCAGGGACGCGGUUUUCGAGAGAGUUGAAGGUAACACGUGAAUGUGUUAUACCUCCCAACACAGUGAUAUUUUUUUUCCGACGGGAUGUGAAUGUUUCAACUGCCAUGAGCGAAAACUCGGAUCGGAUGACACAGAUUUUGGCUGUGUCAAUAUAAACUUUACAUGAUCCCUCCCCCCCCCCCCCUAAAUAAGGCUCUGGGACAUUCUUACAAUCCUGUAGUAAAUUUCCAUUCUUCCCCCUUUAUACUUUGUUGGUCACAGCAGUUCGCCCUAAAAAAAAUAUAAGAUCGCCCCAAAAUCGGGUAAAAACAACGGGAACUUUCUACGCGCAACUCUCAUAUCUCUCAGGGCUUCUUCAAUUUUACCUUUGUACGAUAUCAAGAAUCAAGAUGACUUCUUAAGACAGGGUAAUUAACCACACAUAAACUGCAUUAUUAAAGUAUCCAAAAUAAACUAAGUGAUGAGAACAUGAAACACGAUUGUGUUGUUUUUCAAGGAUUUGAGCUAAUUGGUCACAUCACCACGACAUUAUAUGCUGACGAAAUAAGCUGUGGAUUGAGAUGCCUUCAAGAUAAAAAAUGCCAAUCUUACAACAGCAAAUCCGAUGUUAAUGAUGGAAAGAAGGAAUGUCAACUGAGUAAUCAAACCAAAAAAUCAAGUCCGGAAAACCUGAGGCGUAACGCACGUUCUACUUAUUAUCAUAGAAGAGGUACUGUUGAGUAA